AUGGCGGCUCGGGCUGGCCGUUUGGCCAGAAGUACUGUUUUGGCUGCCACCGAGCAGCAGCAGCAACAGCAAGCCCAGGACCAGUCCCGGGUUCAAGGCCAGCAGGAGCGGGAGCAGGAGCAGGGGCAGCAACAGGAGCCAGAGGGCCAGCAGGAGCCAGAGGGCCAGCAGGAGAAGGAGGAAGAGAAAACAGAAGAGAAAGAAGAGAAGAAGACCACUAUCAUGUGGUAA